AUGUCUUGUAAGUAUCUCUCUCUGGAAAUGAAUUUUCAAGACCGCCCCAAUUUGGUCUUGUUUAUACUAGGAUCAAGUUAAUGCAAUUCUAUUUGAUUGGCACAGGAGAACCUUGAUUCUUUCGCAUAGGGAGAUUGGUAAGAGGGAGUUUAAAUCCAAACUAUCAAUGUAUUCAAUUGAAUUCAUGUUUAUUUAUAAACUUAAAUCAAGAUGGGCCAACAAGUGCAUCUCAACAAAUCUCUCUCUUACUUGUGAGCGUCCUAUGUCUUGUGCGCUCUCCCUCAAUUCAUGUACCAUUGUGCUCUAACGCUUUGCCAACUUGAAUUUCCAACAUAUGUCCUUCAAUUUUUACCUCAAUCGCCUAGGGGUGGCUAUGUUUAGCUAGAAGUCGGAGGACACCAUCUGCCGCCUCAAUUGCAAAGUCACAUUCACAUUUCAUUCUUUGAGAUACUCACCAAAUGAUGAUUAUACACGUUGGGCUCGACCCAUUCAAACCAUCGGCUAUCAUACUUAUUAGGUCAACGCAAUCGAAGUUUAAAUCAUUUGCCGGAAGAGAUUGUUAAGAGAAAACUCAAGUCCAAACUCAUUAAUAUAUCCACCCACUUAUACUAUAAAAUUUAAAGGAAUGAGUCAUGAACCAACCCUACUUUGUACAGAUGAGACUUUUUUCACUCAACAUAUCCAGACGUGCACUUAGACAAAUUCAGAUGACGCUAUCUAUAUCUAGUGGCAAUAGAUAAGUAUUGGGUGGUGGGUGAAAAAAGACAGAGUAGACCCAAUUUCUCAAAGCAAGCUGAGACAUUAGCAAAGCAACCGGUUACUUUUGUCUCUCGAAGAAAAGUUUCAUCAUCUUUUCUUCAAGAACAUAGUCUCAACACCAGAGGCAGUUCCUGAUCAAGCUGAAUCCUGAAGAGACCUGCAGAAGCUGAGCAAUUCCUGAUGAAUUUCUACUACCCCAAUUACCAUGACUCAGACCAUGGCGAUGGCGGGUAUCAUCCAAAUUCUUAUGAUUCCCCCAGCAAUUUCGGUUCUUACUAUGACUACAAGCUCAAUGGCGAGCCCGAGUUCCUCGAUCAAGUCCCGGCUUGGCACUACACAUCUUAUGACUAUGUUCCUCCUCAGCCCACGAUUUCAUACUCUGCCUCCGCUUUCAGCCACUCCGACUUGAUCACGGUCCACCCAAAUGCCUAUUACAGCAGUAGUUACGAUCCGAAGUCGACCGGUUUUGUGAUUAGUUACUCGACGGUGGAGUUCGAGCCUGAUUUUGAAGAGUAUGAUCCGACACCUUAUGGCGGGGGUUACGACCCUUCUCUCACUUAUGGGAAACCCCUCCCACCGUCUGCAGAAAUCUGUCAUCCUCAUUCCACAGGGGUUCAAGAUGCGCCGUUGCCAGGCGGUGUUCGAGACGGAAUUCCCAAAUUGCCUAUUGCUGAAGCGGAGGAUGAGCAAGCAAGAAAACCUGAAGCAGGAAACGAAAUUGUUCCGGCCAAGAUUGAUCAGGAGGUGCAAAACUCUUCCCAUCAAACAGAAGAAGACUCAGGCGAAGAUCGUGGAGAGAGCGAGCAAAGUCACAAUGAGAAUUCGGGCUACUCUCCUUGGGACGGUUAUGGAGGCGGGUUCCAGGGGACGGCACCCCCGGCUCCGCCAGGAUGCGGGUUGGAUGCUUGGGAUAUAUGCGAUGGUAUAUUUGGGUAUUGGCCUUGCUUGUCUAAGGACUACAGGAGAGGCUAUGGAGCUGAACGAAUUGAUGAUAGAGAAUGUUGCAGAAGGAAUGAAGAUCAGUGGCAGGGCACUGUUGAUUGUUUGUUUGGAAGCACCAACCCUUAUGCCGAACGAAGGUAUGAUCCACAAGUGAGUUCUGGGCACUACUCUUUGCAUGCGUAUGAAAGGCAAAGCGAAGGUCAAUUGUACUAUGAACAGGUUGAGUAUGAGAAUUAUGGAGAUUCAAAUUCUUGGUAGGUCAAAUAUCAGGAUUGUCUCUGCAGAUCGGAAUGAAUCUGAAGCGUUGAUUUUGUGGGUUCUGUGAUUAGAUCCGUCAGGAUGGCCGCCAUGAGGUCUUACUGUCAUGUUUUCUUCGAUUUUUUCUUACAGCUUAAGCUUGAUGCGACUGGAGUAGUAGAACAGAAUUGAGAAUGUUCUCAUUGAAGGGGGAGGUGAAAAUUCACAGACCCGUGGUCUAGAGAUAUGGCAUCCUCAAAACUUUUUCUUGCUUUUCUUAUUGCAAGUUUUAGGAGAAUUGAUGGCGCAAUGAAUCAGCUGGAGGAACUUCCUGUCGCGUUUCAUUUUCCACUUUUCUUGAAGAUGCUCUCAAAAAUCAAAUAUGGCCUCAAUUCAUCA